GAUGAACCCAACUGAAUUCAGUGAAGAUGUAGAAGAAGUUCUAAAGAAUAACACUGUGAAGGUAGAGGGCGACGAUGCUGCUGCUGCGCUGGACUGCUCCCGGAACUCCAGGGCCCCUGAGAAGCACCCUCUGGACGGCGUCCUCACUGCCCUCCAGGAUCCCAGCAAGCGGAAGCAGCUGGGCAGCGACGGCCAGCCAGACCCUGUCCCCAGUGUGAAGAGGAGGCGGUUGAUACCUGAGGCGCUCCUGGCAGGCAUGCGCAACCGUGAGAACAGCUCACCCUGCCAGGGCAAUGGCGAGCCUGCCAGCAGGGGCAGGAGUGGGAGCUCUGUGUGGCCUGCUGAAGAAGAGCCUUCCAAUGAGACCACCACGCCUUCCUACAAGAAGCCUCUGUACGGCAUCUCCCACAAGAUCAUGGAGAAGAAGAACACGCCCUCGGGGGACCUGCUCAGCCCCUACGAGCUCUUUGAGAAGGCAAAUUCCAGCAACAGCCCCUCUCCUCUGCGCCUGCUGAAUGAGUCUCAGAAGCGGGACUGUGGUGCCGGGGUUGCCGCCGACGGGGACCCCAAUAUCUACUUCCUGAUCCAGAAGAUGUUCUACAUGCUCAACACGCUCACAUCUAACAUGUCCCAGCUUCACAGCAAGGUGGACCUGCUCUCCCUCGAGGUGAGCCGCAUCAAGAAGCAGGUGAGCCCUUCCGAGCUGGUGGCCAAGUUCCAGCCUCCCCCGGAGUACCAGCUCACGUCUGCCGAGCUGAAGCAGAUCGUGGAGCAGAGCCUGUCCUGCGGAGACCUGGCCUGCCGCCUGCUGGUGCAGCUCUUCCCGGAGCUCUUCAGCGACGUGGACUUCUCCCACGGCUGCAGUGCCUGUGGCUUCGCCGCCAAGCGGAAGCUGGAGUCUCUGCACCUCCAGCUGAUCCGCAGCUACGUGGAGGUCUACUACCCCGCUGUGAAGGACACAGCUGUGUGGCAGGCCGAGUGCUUGCCACAGCUGAAUGACUUCUUCAGCCGCUUCUGGGCCCAGCGGGAAAUGGAAGACGCCCAGCCGGGCGGCCAGGUCACCAACUUCUUUGAAGCAGACCAAGUGGAUGCCGGCCACUUCCUGGACGGCAAGGACCAAGAGGAAGCUCUGUCUGUGGACCGCAGCAGCACCAUCGCCUCGGACCAUGUGGUGGACACACAGGACCUCACCGAGUUCCUAGACGAGGCCUCCUCUCCGGGGGAGUUUGCGGUGUUCCUCCUGCACCGGCUCUUCCCGGAGCUGUUUGACCACCGCAAGCUGGGCGAGCAGUACAGCUGCUAUGGCGAUGGUGGCAAGCAGGAGCUGGAUCCCCAGAGGCUGCAGAUCAUCCGCAACUACACGGAGAUCUACUUUCCUGAUAUGCAGGAGGAGGAGGCGUGGCUGCAGCAGUGUGCCCAGCGCAUCAACGACGAGCUAGAGGGCCUGGGGCUAGAGGGGGGCAGUGAGGGUGAGGCCCCACGGGACGACUGCUACGACUCCUCCAGCCUGCCAGACGACAUCUCGGUGGUCAAGAUAGAGGACAGCUUCGAAGGCGAGCGGCCUGGCCGGCGCUCCAAGAAGAUCUGGCUGGUGCCCAUUGACUUUGACAAACUGGAGAUCCCACAGCCUGACUUCGAGGUGCCAGGCUCAGACUGCCUGCUGAGCAAGGAGCAGCUGCGCAGCAUCUACGAGAGCAGCCUGUCCAUUGGCAACUUUGCCUCCCGCCUGCUGGUGCACCUGUUCCCGGAGCUCUUCACCCACGAGAACCUGCGCAAGCAGUACAACUGCAGCGGCUCGCUGGGCAAGAAGCAGCUGGACCCCGCCCGCAUCAGGCUGAUCCGCCACUACGUGCAGCUGCUCUACCCGCGAGCCAAGAACGACCGCGUCUGGACUCUGGAGUUCGUGGGCAAGCUGGACGAGCGCUGUCGGCGCAGGGACACGGAGCAGCGGCGCUCCUACCAGCAGCAGCGCAAGGUCCAUGUGCCUGGCCCUGAGUGCCGGGACCUAGCCAGUUAUGCAAUCAACCCCGAGAGGUUCCGAGAGGAGUUUGAGGGGCCCCCGCUGCCUCCUGAAAGGAGCAGCAAAGACUUUUGCAAAAUACCCUUGGACGAGCUGGUGAUCCCCUCGCCCGACUUUCCGGUGCCUUCCCCCUACCUGCUGUCAGACAAGGAGGUACGCGAGAUCGUGCAGCAGAGCCUGUCGGUGGGCAACUUCGCCGCCCGGCUCCUGGUCAGGCUCUUCCCUGAACUCUUCACAGCCGAGAACCUUCGACUGCAGUACAACCACUCCGGGGCUUGCAACAAGAAGCAGCUGGACCCCACGAGGCUGAGGCUCAUCCGCCACUACGUGGAAGCUGUCUACCCCGUGGAGAAGAUGGAGGAGGUGUGGCACUAUGAAUGUAUACCUAGCAUCGACGAGCGGUGUCGCCGCCCCAACAGGAAAAAGUGCGACAUCCUCAAGAAAGCCAAGAAAGUGGAGAAGUGACAGGGCCAGAACUGCCCAGGAACUUGGGCCACCGCAGGCUGCGCAGUGGGUGUCCUUGGGACUGAGCGUUCUCUCGGGGCUCGUGUACGGUAUCCACAGACAGGCACCUUAUGUCAGUGGGGAGAGGUUUCCUACAUUUGCACACGUAAACACCUACCCAGCCACAAGAAAGAAGCCUUGAAUUCCGUCUCUUGUAUUCAUGCCUUUGUUCUGUGUUCCCUGGUGGCACAGCCAGAGUUUGGGGGUAGCCAAGCUGUGAAAUCAGAGAAUCGGUAGGGUAGGGUCCCUUCUCAGGGCUGGGGCGCCUUCCCUAAUUCUUACAGUUCAAAACACAAAUGUAGAGUAGAUGUGGCCCACAGCUCCAGGCGGAGGCGGGUGGACCUCUGCGAGCGUGAGGCCAGUGUAGUCCACCUGGUCUAUACCAGGGCUGCAUCAUGAGACGUUGUCUCAAAAGCGACAAAAUGCAAGCUGAGCAACUUGUUUCUCUCCCCGGGUUUUACAGCUUCCAUUUUUAUCUUUUUUUUUUUUUUUUUAAUUAAAUGAAACCAUUUUAAAGAAGAUCAUUGGGCUCUUUGGGAGCCAUUUUAUUAGGGAAAAAAAAACUUAAAUAUUUGAGAUGAGAUGCUCUAAGAUUACUUCGGUUGCCAGGAUUUUUAAAGAUGAUUUUAGAUUUAUGCUUUUUUUUUUUUUUUUUCUUUUUUAAAGAAAUGCCAUGUUCAGGCAUUCUGGAUAACCGGCUUCAGGUGGCAUAGUGACUGGUUUACUAAUCCUGUGUUUGACAUCUGAUUUUGGAAGAGUCCAGAGGCCUCUUGGAUUCAGCAGACAGGAUGGGAUAGAAGUAGUGUGUAGCCCUUCUGCUCUAUGUGAGUUUCCUUUCUGCUGUGGUCCCCAGAAAGGUUACCUGUGGCUCAGCCUGCCUGCCACUGCGAUGUGGUGCUCACUGUGUAGACGAGAACACUGGAAGAUGAUAUGAAUGUAGAUAGAGGUGGAGGCACAGUUCUUAUGGUCUUCAUGCGAGCUGUGUCCUUCCGUAGCCCUGUCCCUUCUCCACACAUCGCUGCUGGCUUGGAGGGACAGACACAUUGGGACGCAAUGUGUAGGGACAUUUUUGUGUGAUUUAUGGGUGGGCUUCUCUUGGGUUCACCAAGAACUGUUUACUUUCCCCGUAUUUGUACAAAGCCCAUGUCCCCAGACCUCAGUGUUAGCUCCUCCCACGAACAGCAUGGCCUUGAACCUCCAAAGCCCAGGCUCUUUCGCAGGUGUUGGAAGGACCCAAACCAUCUUAAAUGAAGCGCCCAUGCCCCUUCCCAGCCCCUCAGACCCUUUUCCCUCAAAUCUUCCAGGAAGUUCUGCCUCCCUCCCCUGGCCCAUCCCUAGCAUGGAGGUACACACCUCUAUGUGCCCCUCCCCCACUGGGGCCAGAUGCCUAAGAAGGAAAAGAAACAGUGUUUCUCAAACUGAAUUCAUCUGAUCAUUGACCUAAAGAUUGAGUUGUCCAGGGUGGUCAUAAAACCCUAUUAUGGGACAUUACAGAUGUGAUAACUUAAUGGCUUAAUAUGUUGCUACCUUAAUAUGCAGAAAUGAUAGAAAUAAUCUAUGAAUUUUCUCGUACCGAUAAGAACUUUAGUUCUAGAAGACAAUAUGAUGUAAUUUUGCAUGUACCCAGUGGCCAUUUAAAAGAAAAGUUCUGAAUACUAUGAAGCUUCUAUUCAUUGGCAUUUUCAUAUUAUUUAUGCUGUAACUGUAAACCUAAAUUAUUGACAUUGGAAGUGCCCAGUGUGGCCUUCUGUCAGUGCCCACACCCGCAUCUCCUUACUAAAAAGUGAGAUGAGGACUCCACAGACAGCAAGGCAGCCUUGUGCCCAGAAGUACCGGCAGCCAGAAGAAUCUCCUUUUCCCCUCACUCGGGUCUCUCUCUAAUGCCUUAGUCACACACACACUACCCCAAAGAUGGCUGUGGCGCCCUCUCUGCUUCCACUAGAGAAUUCCACGGGCUUUGUUCUGGUCUUAAGGAUGAAACCGAGAGGAUUCCAAGCCAUGUGAAAACUGUCCUGCUUUCUGGAGAGCGGAAUGUGGCCCUGCAACAUCAGAAGCACAAUCGGUUACUAAGUUUUUAGAAGCCCUGUCUACUCACAUCAGAGAAAUGGCGGCUUCUAGGAAUUAGAGCGUGACUUUGUAACACAGAGCAUGUUAGAUUCUGGGAAACUGUAUUUUGGUUUCCUGAACACUUUAACUAUGUAGGGCUUCUUCCCCGCCCCCGCCCCCU